GGGCCGAGCCCGGAAGUUCCGGGCCGAGUUCCUGGUUGCCAACGAGUCUCAUCAAGUGCGGCUGGAAACGGGGGACAUGGCGGCGUCUGGCCCAGCGCUAUGCCUUUUCGACGUGGACGGGACCCUGACCGCCCCGCGACAGAAAAUCACCAAGGAAAUGGACGGCUUUCUCCAAAACCUGAGGCGGAAGAUCAAGAUUGGAGUGGUGGGCGGGUCCGACUUUGAGAAAGUGCAGGAGCAGCUGGGAAGUGACGUGGUUGAAAAAUAUGAUUAUGUGUUUCCAGAAAAUGGCCUGGUAGCAUACAAAGAUGGGAAACUCUUGUGUAAACAGAACAUUCAGGGUCACCUGGGGGAGGCCCUGAUCCAAGAUUUAAUCAACUACUGCCUGAGCUACAUUGCGAAAAUUAAGCUCCCGCGAAAGAGAGGCACUUUCAUUGAGUUCCGAAAUGGGAUGUUAAACGUGUCCCCCAUUGGAAGAAGCUGCAGCCAAGAAGAACGCAUGGAGUUUCACGAACUCGAUAAGAAAGAAAACAUAAGACAGAAGUUCGUAGCAGAUCUGCGGAAGGAGUUUGCAGGAAAAGGCAUCACGUUCUCCAUAGGUAUCGUGCAUGGGGACGGGCCUCAGGAGCGGGAGGCCAGAUCAGCAUUGACGUCUUUCCUGAUGGAUGGGACAAGAGGUACUGCCUGGGACAUGUGGAAAAAGACAGCUAUAAGACCAUCUAUUUCUUCGGAGACAAAACCAUGCCGGGCGGGAACGACCACGAGAUCUUCACUGACCCGAGGACUGUGGGCUACACGGUGACAGCGCCCGAGGACACCCGCAGGAUCUGUGAAGAGCUGUUCUCCUAGCGCCCCUCCUCCGAGGGAGGGCAGGGGUCCUGCCGACAGGCCUCCCUCACAUGCCGGGCUCCCCACACGGUCCGGCCUCGGGUACCCCCGGCCCUGGCGAUGCCAGAAGCAGCCAGACUUGUCACAAACGGCCUGAAGGAACACCUCCAACCAGAUUUCGCCCCCAACCCCGAGCCUCAGACCCUCCAUACAUGCGAUCAUGGUACUUACGGUUUUCUGGGGACACUUCCCCAUCAUCCUAGGAAGAUACAAAGAA